AUGGCGUCCCAGCCGCCGCCUCCCCCCAAGCCCUGGGAGACCCGCCGAAUUCCAGGGGCCGGGCCGGGACCAGGGCCCGGUCCCGCUUUCCAAUCUGCUGAUUUGGGUCCUACUUUACUGACAAGACCUGGACAACCAACACUUACCAGAGUGCCCCCACCUAUUCUUCCAAGGCCAUCACAGCAGACAGGAAGCAGCAGUGUGAACACUUUCAGACCUGCUUACAGUUCAUUUUCUUCAGGAUAUGGUGCCUAUGGAAAUUCGUUUUAUGGAAGCUAUAGCCCCUAUAGUUAUGGAUAUAAUGGGUUAGGCUAUAACCGCCUCCGUGUAGAUGAUCUUCCACCUAGUAGAUUUGUUCAGCAAGCUGAAGAAAGUAGCAGAGGUGCAUUUCAGUCCAUUGAAAGUAUUGUGCAUGCAUUUGCCUCUGUCAGUAUGAUGAUGGAUGCUACCUUUUCAGCUGUCUAUAACAGUUUCAGGGCUGUUCUGGAUGUAGCAAAUCACUUUUCCCGAUUAAAAAUACACUUCACAAAGGUUUUUUCGGCUUUUGCAUUAGUUAGGACCAUAAGGUAUCUUUACAGACGGUUACAGUGGAUGAUAGGUUUAAGAAAAGGCUCUGAGAAUGAGGACCUGUGGGCAGAAAGUGAAGGAACUAUGGCUUGCCUUGGUGCUGAGGACGGAGGAGCUAACUCAGCAAAGUCUUGGCCAAUAUUCUUGUUCUUUGCUGUUAUCCUUGGUGGUCCUUACCUCAUCUGGAAACUGCUGUCUACCUACAGUGAUGAAGUAACAGACAGCACCAACUGGGCAAGUGGUGAGGAUGACCAUGUAGUUGCUAGAGCAGAAUAUGAUUUUGCUGCUGUAUCUGAAGAAGAAAUUUCUUUCCGUGCUGGUGAUAUGCUAAACUUAGCUCUCAAAGAACAGCAACCCAAAGUGCGUGGUUGGCUUCUGGCUAGUCUUGAUGGUCGAGCAACAGGACUUAUACCUGCUAACUAUGUCAAAAUCCUCGGUAAAAGAAGAGGUAGAAAAAAAAUGCAAUCCAGUAAAAUUUCCAAGCAGCAACCGUCUUUUACCAACACUACACUAAUUAAAGGAUCCACGCCUGUUGAUUCUUUGGAUGAACAGGAAGCUGCCUUUGAAUCUGUUUUUGUUGAAACUAGUAAGGUUCCAGUUGCACCUGAUUCCACUGGAAAAAGUGGUGAUAAACAAGAUCUUUGAUAUCUUUCGUGUUUGCCUGCGGUUGAACUAUACUUCAGAGUACUUUUUAAAAAUUACUUCUUACAAAGAAAUUAAUGUAAAAUCCAAUGAACACAUUUUCUUAAUGGCUAUUCCAGGUGUUUUGCUGCUAGAAAUUAUUAAUAAAGUUGUACACUAGUAUGUUGGUCUAGUGACCUGGUUACAUUUUACAAGUUAUUGGACCAUGAGGAUGUUUAUUUCACCUGCAUUUUAAGAUUAUGGGGGCUGCUGUCAUUUUCAUCUUAUUUGAAACCCUAUGUUUAUUGGAAGAAUAAGUCUGAUGAACCAUAGAAUGCACUGCUACUGUAGGCAUCAUUAAUGCUCUGUAAAGUUCUAGAUUAAUUUACUUGGAAUCCUCAGAUAUCAAACAAUAACAUGAGAACAGGCAAAAAGUCUAAUUUUUUUAUAACUUUAAUUAAACUGAAUAAUAAAAAUUUUCUAAUCUGUAUUAUAUUCAGUCUUGGGUUUGCUUUAGACAGUAAUAUGUUUUCAUCUACUUGCAAUUGGUACUGUUAUCUCUUACUGUAUUUUUAAAAAUUUAUCUUGAACAUGCCACUAGAAGCAUUGUGAAGGAGAUAGUUCUAGAGUGAUAUUUAGCCCACAUAGUUUCUCAGCUAGUAAAAAGCUGAAAUUUAUCUUUCUUACAGAUUAUUUCCAUUGCUUCUGAGGAUAAUAUAACAUUUUGUCCAUUCACAAUAUAACUAAUUUUCAUCCUGGAUGAGUCAGAACAUAUGAAAGAUUUAGUUUCUUUGGCCAUGAGUGCACUUAAUGAUAUAGUCAAUUCUACCAAUAAUGAUUUUGAAUAUUUUCAUAGAUUCUGUACAUUUACCUAGUUUAAUUCCUUUUGAAAUUCCACAUUCAGGCUGUUCUUUAUACAUUGAAAAUGUGUCAUAUUGGAUACACAUUUAUUUUAGAUUUAAUUUUUACUACUGAGACUAUAAAUAAAAUGCUGAUGCCAUUUGGCAAUAUGAUAAUGCUGUUUGACUUGUUUUUUUGCUUAAAUACUUCAAAUGCAGUUAAAUUUCAGUACACUGAAUAUUUUCCCACAAAACUGGAGAUUUUGUCUACUUGCUGUGAUUAUACUACAAAAUAAUACUAUCAGGAAUACAGGUGUACAAGAAUACAUUUACAGAUAUUGUUGAAAACUUGGAGUUAUUUGGUAAAGAUUUUGGUUUGGUACUUCACCUUUUUUCUUACAGACUUUUUGUUCAUUGAAUAAUUCUAGAGCAGUUCAGACUAAAACAUACAGGAACCAAAUAUAUACUCACAUAGAACUUUACUAAAGGCUUCUUGGGAACCUCUCUUUUGAAAUGACAAUAUAAUAAACAUCAUUCAAAAUAACAAAUGUUCACUCUAUGCAGAAAAAAUAAUAAGAUAGUAUAAUUUAUCUUAGGCCUAACACCCAGAUGUUAGUCUUUAGGUAGAGGAGAUAAACUUUCUUGUAUAUUAUUUUCUGUUUGUAUUCUACAGUAGAGUUUCUGCUUUGUUUUGUUAGUUAUUUAUGGAAAUUUUGUUCUUGAAAUAAAUUUUUGAUAAAUUAUGAAAUUUGGUGUUGAAGGCCUAAAUUGAAUUCUAGAAGUAAAGUAGAGAUGAAAUGUUGUUAGUGCUAUUAAGGGUAGAAAAGGUGGGCCUUUACGAUAGAAUUUGUGACUGCUUUUAAAGAUGUAUAGGGAAAGGAAUAUAACACACAAUAAAUGACAAAACAAUUUCACUUUU